CUCUGUGAUGUCAACUUUUUUGGGCAUAUAAAUACGAUUAUUAUUAUUUCCUUUUUAAAAGUUGCUUGGCUAUUGGAAUAAAUAAGUUUCAAAUCUGAUGCCUUUUAAAGACAAAGUUGUAAAUUGAACAAUAUCUAUAUUUUUAAUUCAUGUUUCAGAUAGUACAUUAUUGUUUUUAUAACAAUUAUUGAACUUGCAAAUUGUAGUUUCUUUGUUUUAUAUUUUAACUUAGUGAAAAAAAUAUUACAUGAAGGACGCUAACGAUGGCAUCGCCACAAAGCAUAUCUGUAGAACAGAUGAGAACCAUACUAAAUGAGGUGAUAAAUACAUUGGAAUCGCCCGACUAUGCCUCCAAAUUAGACGAGGCUAAGGAAGCCGCCGGUAAUGAAAUGUUGAAAAUGAUGCAACUGGUUUUUCCAAUGGUUGUUCAGAUUGAAAUAGAAACAAUUAAACGACAUGGAUUUGUUUGUACUCGAGAAGGUAUAGUACAGUUCACACAAAUGAUCCGGGAAUUGGAGAGUAUGGACAGUGAAAUAGCUCGCCUGCACAGCAUGAUUCGGAAUCAUUAUCUUCCACCGGUGUCUAUAAGCUCUACCGUUGAUACCUCUCUAUAAGGUUAUAACCUGAAGCAAACUACAAUGUUCAAAAUGAGAAGAAAAAACAUUUAUCAAUAUUGUGUUAGUGUAUGUGUGUUAUUGUACAUUUACUAUUUCUUUGGUGUCAGUGACUAUGUGUUUUCCAAGAGUUUCGAAAAU